AUGGCUACACUUUCAGCAGCGAGCGCUGCUGACCUGCCAGGGAGGAGCUUGCAGGGCACUGUUGAGGACGUUGAGUUCUGGUCAAACUACUUAGUGCCACGUUUCGAGGCAUACCUAUCAGAGGCCGGCUCCUACAACACCGAACAACAGGCCGCACACGUCGCCUGUUUGCGUGCAGCGCUACCAGGACUGGGGCCCAAGCCUCCGCACCCACAAUGGAAGAUAACAUUGGCCUACAAUGGCUUGCCCAUAGAACUCUCCAUCAACCUGUCUGAGGAUCGAGGACCAAUAGUCCGCUUCUACCUGGAGCCUGUCAGCCGCGAGAUCGGGACUGACCGAGAUCCCAUAGGAGAGUCCGCCUUCCUCGCCAGUUUCUCCCGCCUCGUCCCGGAGAUGACCUCGGUGGACGCCCAGUGGUUCCAUCACCUUAGCGAGGUUUUCGGCCUCAAAGAUCAAUCAGAAUUUGACGCCGCCAAAGCUCGGACCCGCGCGGAGGCGCCAGUUCCAAAAGGCUUCAUGGGCGUGGACUUCGCUUGUGGGACCAGGAGUCUCAAGUGCACUUUCUGCCCGCUGCAGAAGUUCUUCGCUAGAGGCGGUGGAUGGGAUAAUCUGCCCGAUCUCAACAAGGGUGUGGUUGAUGCGAUUCGCACACUGCCAGGCGCCAGCGCCGUCAUGGGCCAGUCCCUCGACCGCCUGGAGAAGUACCUCUUUCAAGCCCCUUGUGGCCAGGUCGGUCGCGGAGACACCAGAUGCCGGGAGUGCGCCAAGAUGAACAGGCCCAACUCCUUCUUCAACCUGGUUAGCGUCGACUGCGCCGACCCAAGCAAGGCCCGCGUGAAGCUAUACUAUCGCAUCCAGUGCAACGCCUUUGCAUGUAUCCGUGACGCGGUCACGCUUGGAGGGCGGUUGACGGACGACAAGACGCUUGAGGGCCUUCGGCGGUUGCAGGCGGUCUGGCAUCUGCUGGUAAACGACCCGGAAUCGCAGGAGAGUGAUGAUCAUUGCCGGCCGUGGAAUGUGGAACGGUUGCGUCAGGGCAUUGACAUCAACUGGGAGUUCUCGGGCCGAACAUCAGCGCCUGAGACGAAGGUGUAUGUGCCGGUGUACAUGUUCCACAAGAACGACGAUGAGGUGAACCGCAAUCUAAACACUGUAUUCAAGAAGCUCAAUUGGAACAACUGGGCUGAUGGUCGGUAUGCGAGGUUGCUGCACAAGGUAGUGUAA